AUGCGUGGAAAAAGAAUACAUAUAAACAAUAAAACUCAACAAUUGCCUAAAAUUGAGAACUUAAACGAUCUUAUUAAACCAAGUUUUACUAUCGAUGCUAAUAUAAUAACAAACCUAAUCAAACCUGCUUAUAUUGGAGUCAUAUUGAAAUUUCGUGAAAAUAAUACUUGUUUAGAAAUUGAUCUUAAUACACUCUUUAAAUUUUUAAUUCCUAUAAGUGCAGAACAUGUAAAUUUUCUUGAUAAGGAAUUUUUAUUUCAUAUUUUACAAGGUUUAGCUUUUCGUUAUGAAAAAUUAACUACUCAAAUUUUUUAUUUGAUUGAAAAUAUACCCUGCAAAAAAAUUAUUGAAGAAUUAUUACUGAAUCAUAUAUUGCAAUUUAACACAAGCUAUAGUAACGUGUUAUAUGUGAAUAUAAUGAGAGUAGUUGUACAAUUUAAGCUUUUCAAAAUUAGUGAUUAUAAAGUUAGUUUUUAUAGAAACAUUAUUCUUAGAAUAAUUUUCAAUUUUAAAUUAGAAGAUCUAACCGUUGCAAAAAAUACUAUUUUAUACUACUGUGAUAAUAAUGGAUUAUUGAAAAUACAAACAAUUAAAAAAUGUGCAGUUUGUUUAAAUAGUUCAAAAUAUAUGUUCGAAAGCAAGUUGAUUAUCAUUAAUGUUGCAAGAGCAGUUCUAUUAUGUUACAUUCCUUUAAACAUGACAGUUGAUUUUACAAAUUUGAUUAUUAGUGGUAUAAAAACAAAAAAUGUUUAUAUUAUGGAAGUUGUUUUUUUAAUUCUAAAAAGCUCAACAGGAUUUGAGUAUGUUGUUAAAAACAUUGAUGAUAUUCUUCCAAAAAUAUUUGACAUUAUCUUUAAUAUAGUCGAAAAAACUUGGAAGAAGGAGGUAAAAAUUGGAGCAUUGGAAUUUUUAAUUAAUAUGAACUCAGUCAACAACAAUUUAUUCCAAAGCUGUAUUGAAAGUUAUAAUUAUAGGAGGCAUAACAGGAAGCGUGAAAAUAGUGAAUAA